AUGGAAACUAGCCUGCCAAAAAUCACCGCAUUAUGGGCUGUUAAUAUCAUUACUUGGAAUCCUACUGACGAGGAAUUCGACGAUGCAUUAUCUACCAUCUCGGCGUACGAGAGGGAACGAAUUUGUCAGUUGAGAAUCAAGGAACAAGCAAAAGCGUCACUAAUUGGGAGAUUACUCUUGCUCUAUCUUUUUAACAGUAUAUACAACAUUCAAUGGGAAGCAAUAAAAUUUGAAAGAACCAAGGAGAAUAAACCAAUACUGGCAAGUAGUGUUCGUCUAUUUAUCGUAUUAGCAGGGCUAUCCCGCACAUCGAGCUGGUAUCUUACGCUUUUAUUUUUACUUUCGAAUCAGGUUUUCCCAGACAUUGGUGUUCGGGUAGACUUUAAUGUUUCUCAUCAUGGUGAUUGGGUUGUUCUUGUAGCUUCAGAGAAUUGUAGAGUUGGUAUAGACGUAAUGAAGAUCGAAGAACCGUAUAAUGAGAAUAUAGAGACAUUUCUAGAAAGUCUUCGAGAACAGCUAUCAAAGACUGAAUGGGACGCAAUUUCUGCUCCAGAUUACCCCAUCUUAAAGUUACAUCGUUUUUACAGAUAUUGGUGCUUGAAAGAAAGUUACAUUAAAGCUAUUGGUGUUGGCUUGGCCAUGAGUUUAAAGAAGCUUGACUUUCAUAUUGACGAAAGUGAGGGACAUGAAUAUGGAGCAUGUAAUCCUGUAAAGACGAAAACACGGCUUUUUGUUUGUGGCACUUUCAUGGCAGAAUGGCAUUUCCGAGAACUAUAUUUGGAUGAAUUGCACUGUAUUGCUAUAGCCUAUGAGACGAACAACGAUUGUAUAAAUCAUAGGGAAUUUGAUUCUGCUACAAUUAUUAAUAUAAAAGAUGUAUUAAAAAAAGCAGUAAAAGUAUGCUAA